AUGUCAGAAGACCUUUCUCUGCAGUCCCCACCAGUGAAGGUUCUGGCUGUACAGCUCAGACGCUGCUGUCGGGCCCCUGGUGGUCAGUGGAUGAUGGCUCGGGAGGAAUACGGACUUCCCCCGUUGGCCGUUCCCCUGGUGUGGAUGCAGGGCACAGUGCUCAGCGUGGACCAGGAUGGCUCGACGGUGCAUAUGCAAGAUGAAAGCGGCUCUUUCACAGUUCAAGGAGCAGAUAAGGUCCCCAAAGGAUGGCCUUGCCUCAGUGCUGGCAAGUAUGUGAUGGUAAUGGGUCAGGUUCUGUCUUGUAGCCCGGAGCCCAUCCUUCGAGCAGUGAAGAUGACAGCUGUUACGGACAGUGUCUUGCAUAGGAACAUGUGGGGACUGGAAGUGGAGGAUUUGCACAGAAAUCUCCCUUAGUGGUAGAGGC